CUCGUAGAUGGCAGGCCGUAACAACCGUAGGGAGUAGUAGCGAAGACGGAUCAGAGUGAACAUCACUGGAGACGCCGGCACCGGAAUAGCAGCUGUGUUGGCAGCAACGAAGAAGACAUACUAGUGUUAUGCGCGAAGGACGUACAACUCGCUCACCGUCGCUGAUGUUGGUGAUUGCAGCUAAUUUGACGACACUCUACUAUGAUGGUAUGACAGGAUACGCUUGGUAACGCCAUUGGAGCUGCGACGGUGUCGUUUCACUUAGUCUAAACUUUCCAUCGUGAAAAGGCUGGUGGUUCUGUCAGACAGGAUUUACAGCAACGCAGAGGCCUGGCCGCAGUGGACAUCGUCCUGCGCAAAGCGUUGUGCAGUAGGAUUAUUAUUAUUUUUUUUUUUUUGCUGUUAAAAUUUGCUUAGGACGAUGUGGUUUUUGGCCACAUUCUUUAUAGGCCUGGCUCUACAGGCUGAGGCUAAAAUUAAGCCGACAACGGAGUGCAACGAGGAUAGUAUUAAGGUAUCGGUAGAUACGUCUGCUGUUGAUUUUAAAAUCAAGAACGUGUAUUUCGAGAAUCUCAAAGGAUUUCCGAUGUGUAAACCGAUCAUUGAGGACAACGUGGUGAAGUUUGAGGUCAACCUAAAAGAUGAAUUUCGAUGUGGCGUCAGCCGAAUGACCAAUCAAAUGACGGGAGAAAAGACUUACUUUCAACGAUUAAUCGUCGAACCCGAAAGUGGCCAAGAUAAGAACGAAAUAGUGCUUAUUCAAUGUCAUAUAGGAGACAAAAUAAGUAGGUCGAGGAGACAGGUCCUUCCCAAUUGGCCAGAUAUCGUCGAGCCGGACUACAUCAACAUUACCGAAUACAUUGAGGCCCAAGCCCCGAUCCCUAAUUUGGAUUUGGGUAUCAAACAGAACGGGCGUAUGUUGGAUACAACAUACAAUGUGCAGCCAGGGACACCCCUCGAAAUGGUCAUCUUCCUUGACCCCGUAAGUAAAUCCACCUAUGGAAUUCUCGCUAGUUUUCUUAAGGUAUCGGAUAGUGCCGGCAAGCAGGAAGAGCUGAUCAUCACGAAUGGCUGUUCAAUCGAUCCCUACAUCUUUUCCAACUUUGUCACGCCCGAUAAUGGUGAUUCGCUAAGUGCCACAUUUAAAGCUUUCAAGUUCCCUGACUCGAAUUACGUUAUGUUCUCAGGGACCGUAUCAAUCUGUAUCAAUGCAUGCAAAGGCGUCCCUUGCGGAAACGAUCAGUUAGGGUAUGGCCGAAGGCGAAGGAGGGAGAUCGUUCAUGAACGCGAUCUAAACGCGAUUUACAGUGUUGAUAUGACGACUAUGCUUAAGGUGCAGUUCAGUGAUGACCUAUUCACUCUGCAGAAAGGAGCCGUUAGUGCCGACUUUGAUAACGCUAGCUUGCCCGCGCGCAGCAUGAAUCAUGUUGAAGGUGUGGACAUUUUCGCAGAAGAAUAUCUAACUCAAGCCUCUAGCAAUACUCCGCUUGUUUCGAUAUGGCUAGUAUUAGCCCUGACCCUUACUAGCAUCAUCGAACGGACCCACUAGUUCAGUCGACUUCGUGAUCGUUACUGAAUACAGGGAGAGAGCAAUUAGAAUAGCCCGAGUCACACCCUUGUUCUCGACGAUAAUUAAUAAGUUUCAAAUUAUCAGAACGGAACUUUCUCUGUCUCAAAGCUAUGUUCAACAGUGAGCAGUUGCAAUUGAAUGAUGAGAAAAUUUUAGAGCACACAGAUAAAUUUGUAAUACCUACCCCAGAGAAUGACCUCGUGCAUAUCCGGGUGAUAUUACCAUCGCCCAACGGCCCACAGAAGGCCAUGGCCUAGCACGGAACUGCUCUUGUUCUAAGCUAAGUUGUCACGGGUUCCAGGAUUUGACGGCUAUGGACAAAUCGGUUUCAGGUUAGGGUGCCGUCUACGGUGGCACGCGUUUACGUACCUAGAGAUAUACGGUCAUACACGUACACAAAUUAUGUAGUGGGUAAUUCAGUAUGCUCACGCAGAUGUCCUGUACGUACGAUAUAUAAGUAUCUUAAUUAUAAUUUAUCACAAUGGCUUCGGCUACACUCAAUAAACUACUGUAGAUAUGGUGCUAAAUACACAAACGAAUUGUC